UGUUCCUGGCAGAUAUCAGGGAAGACAAACAAGAGGCAGGAAAGAACAGAGGUGGCUGGUUGCGAGAGUGUGACAGGCCAAAUUCUGAGGUCAGUAUGGAAUCUUUUAGAGGUGAUAGAAGCCAUUGCUGCUGCUAGAGUAGAACUUAUGAACAGAUGGCCUACCCAUUGCAAGAAAUCAGAGGAAGCCAGGAUGUCUCAAGCUAAGUAUCAUUUUAUAAAAUGAGUCGUUGUGGUACCCAACAAUAUCCUUCCCACCAGAAUAGCUACUAUACAAAGGAAUUUAUCGGUAUGAAUAAUGUAACUGGACCUUCAGGUAGACCACAACGUUAACCACAUGACUAAUAAACCUCCUGGAACUCUGCCAUAUCUGGUGCAAGUAGAUGCCAUUAUAUAGCAUUAAUAAAGUAAAGAAGGCACUCUUUAACAAACUUAUCCCCAAUAAUUACACUGCCACAAUUCACAUUAAUAGAGAAAGCACCAAUGAAGCCUUGCCUGAUAUAGACAAAGUGCCUUAAGUGCACGUCCUGAUUGGCCAUUGAUCUCUCUGUCACUCUCAGGCACAAAAAUUAUAAUGGUUAUGUCUAAUGACAGUGCAUUAUUUGCCAGUUGCCAUUUCAUGUCUCCUCCACCCAGCUCUUCCUUUAGUGAGAUCACUCUGUGUAUGAAAGCUUGGGCUCAUCAGGAUUCUCCUUUCCUACAACUGGGCACAUUUCAGCCCCAAGAAUAAGACUGAAAAUAUGAUGUUAGGCAUACUACUCAGAACACUGAGACUUCAUUCCACCAGGCCUGAUGGCACCAUUCAGGAUGGAUGAACAGCUGCUUCUGAACCUCCUCACUGCUCCCCUUUCUCCUCUCCAGCUCUCCAGUUUAUCCCUAACAGAGUAGCUACUGGAAAGUCCUUAAGAUUUGAACCCUGGCCUCCCAGGUCCAAGUCCAGCACUCUAACCACUACAUCAUGCUGGCUCUCCCAGUUGUAGCUCGUAAUGUCACUGAAGCUUUGUGACUUGUCAAUCUUUGGGCAGCAGUGAAGGCUGAGAAGCAGUAGGGACUGGAUGGGACUCAAUUUCACAUAUUGAUAUGAAUUAUGUAGUAUUGUAAGACAUUAAAAUUGUACCAUCCUGUUCUGAUUGGAGGCCAGGAUAAAACUUUGAGAGGGGAACCAGGGCAGGUGAAGUGUUGGGCCCUUCUAGGACACCUGACCCUCAAGAGCUAUUUGAUGAUGGGCUGACACCAGACUUAAAACAACUCAUCCUGUCUUUACUCUAUCCACUUGAGGUUUAUUUAUUUAUUUAUGAUUUGCUUUAUAUCCUGCCUUCCUCCUAGCAAGAGCCCAGGGUGACAAACAAAAGCACCGAAAACAUUUUAAAACAUCAUAAAAAGAGACAUUAAAAUACAUUAAAACAAAACAACUUCAAAAACAUUUUUUAAAAAGCUUUGAAGAUUUUUUUUAAAAAAACAAAGGUUAAAAAACAUUGUUUUUAAAAAAGGUUUAAAAGCAUAUUAAAAAGCAAUCUCAACACAGAUGCAGACUGGGAUAAGGUCUCUACUUAAAAGGCUUGUUGAAAGAGGAAAGUCUUCAAUAGGUGCUGAAAAGAUAACAGAGAUGGCACCUGUCUAAUAUUUAAGGGGAGGGAAUUCCACAGGGUAGGUGCCACCACACUAAAGGUCCAUUUCCUAUGUUGUGCAGAAAGGACCUCCUGGUAAGAUGGUAUCUGUAGGAGGCCCUCACCUGCAGACUGCAGCGAUCGAUUGGGUAUAUAAGGGAUGAGACGGUCUUUCAGGUAUCCUGGUCCCAAGCUGUAUAGGGCCUUGUACAUCAAAACUAGAACCUUGAACUUGGCCCGGUAGCAAAUGGGCAGCCAGUACAAUUCUUUCAGCAGUGGGGUGACAUGUUGACAAUACCCUGCCCCAGUAAGCAGUCUCGCCACCACAUUUUGCACCAGCUGCAACUUCUGGACCAACCUCAAGGGCAGCCCAACAUAGAGUGCAUUACAAUAAUCCAGCCUGGUCAGGCUAUCCCGGUCCAGAAAUGGCUGCAGCUCUCUUACCAGCUGAAGCUGGUAAAAGGCUGUCUUCCAAGGUGGUCUUAGAAUUACAAGUCCACUGAGCAGACCUGGGGAAUGCAGCUCAAAAGACAAAUAGAGAUUGACAUUUUCAGACAACUUCAGCCCCUUAAAGCCAGCAAUUUUUUCCCAGGAAUUUAGAGCUCUGCCCUAUUCUCACAACUGAAUCCAGGCAGAUGCCAGUGGAUGGCUCUCCAAGGGCCUUGGGCUUAUCCUGUCCCACCCGCAUCUUAUCCGCUCUGCUAACAGAUACAUAGAGAUCAGUGAAUGAAUCAUCUCCAGACAGAUUAAUUGAGCUGUACAUGAGCCCGUGGGAUGAGUAAACAACUUUGAAAUGUGAGUGCAUUACAUGACUUAAGCUGAUGGAUGUUUGAUGGUCAGCAAAUAGAUCAGGCUCUGGAUCUUAUCCCCAAUCUUCCUCUGAGGUACACUGGUGCAAAAGCAGGUGGGGCGAAAAGUAGACAGAUCUUUACAAAUUAUGUCUAGGUCAAAAUCUACCCGAUUUUAUCCAGUGCUAGUCUUCCCCAAAACAAACCUGUUGAAAUAAAUGAACCUAAGUUAGUCAUGUUCAUUAAUGUAAAUGUGUCUGCUCUGAAUAGGACUACCAUUGAAUACAGCCCAUACUGAGGGAUUCUAUCUGGAGCUGGGAUUCACAAAAGAGAAUGCUACCCCUUUGAAAUCAACCUUCAUAUUUAUCGUCUUUUAAUUCCCAGAUGCUCUCCUGAUUAUUUUAGCCAUGUGACCAGGUUAAGCCAGAGCGAUGUUACACCAGAAAAUGCGGUGCCCUAACCCUGCCUUUGCUCAAUGGCAUGAGUGCGGGAAGGGCAUUUGCACAAAAGAGGUGGGGUUCUUAACCCUCAGGUACAGCUUUCUUCUUGAAACUCCUCCAUUUAGGCAGUUUUCUUCCCUCGGGACUUCUUUCUCCUCUCAGAGCCAGCCUCGGUAGGACGAAAGCAGUUACCAGAGAGAGGAAGCCAAGAGAAGUAAACAGCCGAAAGAGGAAGACUUUAAUGUGCAUUUUAAAUGAGAAUAUAUUAUCAGAAUCAGUUUUGGUUUCUCUGAUUCUAGCCAACCCUGCCUACCAUCACCAAGUUCCCCACCCCCAUGAGUUGCCAAAGGUCCCCCCUCCCCCCACAUGGGUCACCAAAGGUCCCCUCUCCCCCAUACCAAAGCUGCCCCCUUCCCCCCCCAGGUUACCAAAAUUCCCCCUUCCCCUCAUGGGUUACCAAAGCUGCUCCCUUCCCCCCACAGAUCACCAAAGCCUUACCCCUCCCUCCCACGGGCUGCCAAAGCUCACCUUUCCCUCCUGUGGGUCACCACAGCUUCCCCCUUCCCCCUAUAUGUUUCCAGAACUCCCUCCACCCCCUGUGGGUCACCAGAGCUCUCCACACCCCCCACAUGGGUCACAAGAGCUUCCCCACCCCAUCACUCUCCAGCACUCCCCCCUGCCCCCAUGGGUAACCAUAGCUCUCCCACCCCCUGUGGGUCGCUGCAGCUCCCCCCAUGGGUUCCUGCAGCUCCCCCUGUCCUGCCCAAGCCCAAGUCACACACAGAAAUGAAGGUGUGCUUUUCUUUAAUAGCUGGAAUGGAGAAUCCCCGGGUCCCUCCCACAAGUCCAAUUCUGACUCCUCCUCUUCAUGCUUAUUGCUCCAAGACCGUUCCACGAGAUAUACGACACCAUCUCCCCUUCUUGGGUCACCAGAGCUCCCCCCACAGGUUGUCAGGCCUCCCCCCAGAGGUUUCCAUAGUGCCCCCUAUGGGUCGCCAGAGCUCCUCUAUGGGUCUCUAGAGUUCUGCCCUUCCCCGCACAGGUUGCCAGAGCUCCCCCUCCCGCCAGGGGUCACCAAAGCUCCCCCCAUCCCCCAACAGGGUAGAGCUGUACUUCAUUUUGCAUAUUGUUUCAGGAAGUGUGAAUUUGUUAGGUUUGCAUUAAAAAAUUUCCUUCAUCCCCAAGAAAUGCUCUUUCUCAUCUUGAAUUACCAGUUAUUUCACCCACAGUGUCCUGCCCCUCUAUAUAUGUCUAUAUUCAUGUUUCUUAGCUGACGCGUGGUCCCUUUAAGAAAUACAUUUGUUUCCUGGUGAACUAACAGAUAUGGAUUAGUAAGUAGAAGGCUGGGCAACUGAGCGUCUGUGCACAUGAGCUCCCCCUAAAUAUAGUUUGCCCAUUUACUUGUUCUCCAUUGUUAUGGAAGCUUACUGCUGAGACAGAGGAUAAUACAACAAUUAAUAUUACACCAAACCCCAGAGGUGAAGUAAGAUCCUGUUCCCCAAUCCAGAUCUCCAUUUGCAAACAUUCUGGAGUUAAACACAAGCAGAAUCGCCAAGUCACACCUUGUAUGCUUACCUAAUCCUUGUUGAGCUUCUUUCUGAACAGAAGCAAACAAGAGGAUCAGUGGCUAAUCUAGGUCCACCUUUCCCUCUCAACACUGAGCUGGAUCUUAAGUCAUUUUCUGCUUUUUUAAUGGGGACUCCCCAAUUCAGGCACUCACAUUUCCUUGCCAGAAGAACGCAGGGUGGACAACAGCUAAUACUGACCCUUAUAGAGAUGAGAUAAGGUGCCAUGAGACGGGAACUUCUUCCAGAGGAAGGAGCCUAUUCUAAACCAUCAUGCCUGCACACAGUAGGUGCAGGCACCGUGCGCAGCGUGCAAGCAGCCCCGGCUAGCGUGACUAGUGGUCAGAGAUUAUGGCAAUUGUAGUCCAACAACUUCUGGAGGGCCACAGGUUCCCCAUGCCUAACAUCAGGCUGUGAAAAAUGGCAGCCUGUGUCAACUGCCCCCCUUCCAGCCCAGGUUUCUUAGCCUACUGUGCAACUUAACUUGUAGCUCUAUUUCCCUAUAUAUCUCGAUGUUUCUCUAGGUCAGUGGGCUUGGCUUUGCAAGAAGUGAGACUGUUCAAAACCUUGCUUGCAGAGCACUUAAAAGCUCUGCAAUUUUAUUUUAUUUUUGUGAAAGCGCAAUAGUGAAGGAUUUUUUAGAAGUUAAGUACUUGAUUUAAGUUUUUUUUUUAAAAAAAAUCCUACAUUGCUCUUCUUUAACAAAAACAAACCCAUCCCAGAGCUCUUCUGUACUCAGAGGAAGCCUCAGGAUGUAAGAUAUAUUGGAGGCCUAUAGAUUGGAUGAUGUGAAGUUGUAAAGUUUUGCAAAAUGUCAUUUUGGUCAUUAUUUUGAGGUAAGGAACAACCACCCACUCACCCACCCUCAUAAGGGAUUAUGGAGAAAAGAAAACAUAUUCUGCUUCCCCACAAAAAGCCCCUGAAGCUAUUUGACUGCAAUUUGGUAAGCUGAAUGCAUUCUGGAGAGGCUCUUGUGCCUGUAAAUUUCAUCUACUUUGGCCAAAAAGUUAUGCCAUUUUUAGAUUCCUCAUUAUAGUGAAUGGGGAACCACAAAGCUUUUUUUUUACAGAGCAGCUUGGAACCCGAAUUAAAUGCUGAGGUGAAGAGAGCACAGAACGAUUCAGAAACAGACCAGAAGUCUUAAAAUGCACAGAUAAAAGACAAACGUGGGGCCUGUGCACACCCCUAAAAUGUACAUAGUGGAUUAAGAGUAGAUUUAAAACUUCCAUCUUGCCACUGGGUUAGCAAUCCUUCUGGGGCAUCAGGCCAGAUUAGAAGGGGGGGGAGAACAACUCAGGAGGCACAUCCAUCCUUACAGGGGAACCUGGGUGUGGAAAGCUUGCAGGGCUGAAUAUAAAACCAGCAGAGGCUCUUUAAGGAUGACUCAGUCUGGGUGACAGAGACGUAGAGGAAGAAAGGAGCCUAGAGGUGAGUGAGGCAGGGGCAAAAAGGUGAGUAGGUGCAAUUCGGGAAAAUUCUGCAUCCUCAAGAUACCAGGAGCAUGAACAGAAGCAGAUAUUUUCAAACACACGCACAUACAGGGCCACGUUAGGUGCGAUAUUAAUUGCUUGAAUUAAGUUUCAUAUUUCUAUUAUGUGAAGAGCAGCACGGGAUCCUGAGCAAUAUCAGAAAGCAAGCAUGAGAGGGUUGUGGGGUUGCUACUCUCUCUCUCUCUCUCUCUCUCUCUCUCUCUCACUAGUUGACAGGCAUAGUGGUGCUCCUCGACAUGAUGAACAAUCCUGAUUUUCCCAGAAUUCCUCCUCACAUGGAAGAACAUGACAUGCAUGAGUCAGAACAUGCACAAAACGGCAACUACCUUAUAUCGAGUCAGACCACUGGUCCAUCUAGCUCAGUGUUCUCUACACUGACUGGCAGGAGAAGCCAAUAUGAAGACUUCCUUUGCCUUCCUGAUACUUCUGCUAGGUUCAGUGUGGACGUCCCCAGUGCCUGAAACAGAAGAAACCAAUGAACACCUGCUGUAUCCUUAUGGGGAAGCUGAGGGAGAUAUGAAGAACCCCAAGGAUGAUGAUGGGACAUCCCCUGAGGUUCCCAUUUCUGAGCCUUUCACCUUCUAUGGGAAGACUUACCAUAGUGUUUAUGUUAACAACAAUGGUGUGGUUUCCUUUUCCGUACCUGUCCCAGAGUACACCCCAAAAUCCAUUCCUCUGGUAGAUGGAAAGGCCUUUGUUGCCCCUUACUGGGGGGAUGUCAACAAUAUUCUAGGUGGUGAUAUCUUCUACCGGGAGACGCAGGACCCAGAACUGCUGAGACGUGUCACCGGAGACAUUAAUGAGUACUUCCCUGAGAUCCCUUUCACUGCCACCUGGGCCUUUAUUGCCACCUGGGACCAUGUGGCCUAUUUCGGAACUAUGUCCAGAAGGACAAACACCUUCCAGGCUGUCUUAUGCACCAAUGGCCGCAUUGCCUUUAUAAUGCUCAACUAUGGGGACAUCCAAUGGACUACAGGAACAGCAAGUGAGGGAGAUCCCAGAACAGGUUUAGGAGGAAUCCCAGCACAGGCUGGUUUUAACAGUGGCGAUGACAAAAACUACUACAGCAUCCCUGGCUCCCGCACUCCUGAAAUCAUCAACAUUACAAAAACCAGCAAUGUGCACACCCCAGGGCGCUGGGUGUUCCAGGUGGAUGAUUUCAAAGUGACUGGUGUCCCGGAAGAGCUUAUGCCUAAGAAAGAGGAACCGGAAGUCCCCAGAGUAGAGGAACUGGAAGUCCCUGGGGUAGAGGAACCAGAGGUCCCUAAGGUAGAAGAACCAGAAGGUAAUGUGACCAUCGAUGGAGAGGGCCUACCUGAAGAAGCAGCAAAAGAAAACACUGAUGGCAUGGCAUUCACUCCUAAAUAUGAUGGAACACUGGACCAUGAGGACAACCAGGAAUUUCCUGAAGAACAGUCACCUAUAGAGAGCGAUGAGGAGAGUGAUAGCUGUGAAUGGUUACAGAGGCCACUUCCAAUAUUACUUUGGAAAGACAUUAGGAUCACCGGGUGAGAUCCAACUAAAUCAUACUCAGUGUAGACACAGCCACUGUAUUGUUUUGGGCACCUUCCCCCCCCCAAAAAAAAAAUGUUCCAGAAAGCCUAUCCUGUAUUGUAAUUUCAGUAUGCAAUUUUAACACAUCAUUUUAGGAAGUAUGAGUAUUUCAGAAUUACUGAUUUGCCCAAAUUAUGAGAUGAAAGGCAGGCAGUCCCUGGAUGUUAUGCACAUGCCCCAUCCCAAACUCCCUCGAUUGUUAGCCAAAUCAGCUCCCCUCCUAUAACCUUUGAAAACAGUACCUAAGGUGGGCAUGUUGCAAGGGCAAGCAGCCAGGUUUCCUUUGUCCUGCCUACAACUGAAACACUGUCAGAAACUGUUGUUGAUCUGUUGUAAAUUGAUCUACCGCUAGAUGCCAAUCUACCCUCUCCCCACCUGGUUAGCAUACAGGUGCUGGUCUCCAAAACUUCUAGCCCUUCAAACACUUCUGGACUCCAACUCUCACCAGUCCCAGCCCCAGCCAGCAUAGACAAUGGUCAGGAAUGUCCAAAGUUGUGGUACAACAACACCUGGAGGCUGUGGAGGCUGGUGGCUUUGCUGUCAGUGGGGUGCUGAUUCCACUCAAUGUUUUAGCCUGAGCCUUCAAGGAGCUGUCCAACAUGCUGUCACCUUGGACAGCUCCUUGAAAGUUCAGUCUAAAACCCAGAGUGGAUUCACUGACAUCAGAGCCACCAACCUCCCCUGCCUGGAGGGCUGCAAGUUUCCCAUCCUAACUCUAGACCCAUUAAAAAAAGUGUUACCAUACGGCUGGCUGUGUGACCUUUAAAGUGGCCUUUGUCCCAAUCCUGCUGUACCCCUACGUGUCCUUCUGGUUUCACAACCUGUAAGCAAAUGAAUCCCUGUUGUAGGUCCUGAAGAAUAUAUUCAGAAGGCUUUCCUUCACACUUUCAGUUCAGGGGUCGUGCACUAAACCAGAAGUACAAGUAUUUUGAAUCCAAAGUAACAUCCCUUGCACAGUGCACUUGCAAUUUCUUGUAAUACGGAUGGGCAUGGAUAAGAGGGGACAAAGUAAGUAUGGGAUUGUGGGAUUGGAUGCACACUGGAGGAGCAUCUGUGCCACUUCCAAAAUCCCAUUUGGAAAUGCCCUAAAUAACCCCUUUGCCUCCCCCCU